AUGACAACUUACAAACCUUCAUUCGUGACUAGAUAUCAUCACGACACCUAUGCCGCCAUCUCAGAAGCAAAUCCUGAGCUGAGCUGUGAGGGUAAGAUGGUCUUCAUUACCGGUGGUGGCCGUGGCAUUGGUUGCGCAAUCGCCAAAUCGUUCGCGACUGCCAAAGCCGAAGGGAUAGUUUUGAUAGGAAGAAACGAAUACGAUUUGCAGACAACUACGGAGGAAAUCCUCACCACAAAUGCCGGAUCUGCAGGCAGUACAAAGGUAUUGUACUGUGUCGCAGACAUUACGGAUGCUCAGGCUGUCUCCUCUGCGAUCCAACAAGCGAUCGAUUCCUUUGGACGAAUUGAUGUUCUUGUGCAAAAUGCUGGGUAUCUGGAUGCCCAUCGAUCCGUUAUCGAUUCGGAUUUGGACGACUUUUGGCGGACGUUCGAAGUUAACGUGAAAGGCGGCUUGACGGUAAUUCAAGAGUUCCUCAAAGUGGCGCCCAAAACGGGCGCCACUUUGAUCAACAUUGGAUCAGGUGCAGGCCAUAUUCCGUACAUACCGGGUUAUGCUGCCUACUCGGCGUCAAAGCUUAGUCUGGCAAAGAUCGUUGAAUACGUACACCAUGAGAAUCCUCACUUACGUGUCUUCAACAUCAACCCAGGCGCUAUCGCUACCGAGAUGCAAGCAAAAGCGGGUGAUAUAGCUGCUCCCGACAAUAUCGGUUUGCCGGGAUCACUCUGUGUCUGGCUCGCCACGUCAGAGAGUGCAAAUGCGUUCAGAGGCAGAUUUAUCUGGGCAAAUUGGGAUGUCGAGGAAUUGCAACACAGCGCGGAGGAAGUACAGGCCAAGAAUCUUCUGGUUCAUGGGCUCAAUGGGUUGUGA